AAUAGUAUUUUUGUCAUGAACAAAUAAAGCCUGCACAAUCAUAACCUUUAUUAUAUUUAUUUUGUACAUUUGUAUUAUGUAUUUAAUCGUUUUGUAAGAAAAUCAGCAGUAUGAAUGACUUUGCUAAUUUAGAAAAAACUAUUGUCCGUGAACUCUCGUGUCGUUUGUGUCUGUGCACCGAUGUGGUCAAACUGAAGCCGCUCAGUGCAGAGGUAAAGCGGAAAAUCAAGAGGCUGUUCGAUAUUUUGGUUCGCACAGAUGAUACGUUACCGAAAGCAAUAUGCCAUGACUGUUUACAGCAAGUAUCGGCUUUACACCUAUACGCUGUAAAAGUUGAGAAAACACAAAAGUUUUUAGAAUUUCACAAACUGAAAAUACAAGAGGAGAAAGGGAGCGCCCCAGUUGAAAAAGUUAUGCACCCAAUUAUCGCAGCAAUGUCGGUCCAAAAUGUGGCAGAGGCGCAAAAAAAACCGAGCAGUGGGAUAAACCUGAAAUCUCCAUCUUGUGAGCUACAGCAGGGAGACACGAAAAAUGCGAAACUCAAAGUGCCGAAAAAAAAAUCACCUUCUGACCUGAAGUUUAUGGAGUCAAUGACGUUGGAAGAAUUUGCCAACAGUGAGAAACUCGAUAAAAAUAUGCUUCAGCAGAGUACAGGGGGUAUUAAAUUAACCGGCCCUCAAAAGAGAGAAGCACAAAAAGAGCAACAUAAACCUGACCCAGAAGUGAAUACGGAUAACCUCGACCCUUUAGUGUUGUUGGAAGGUAGACCAGCUAAACAAGGAGCUGCUUUGGACCGUCAAAUAACAUUGUUUUAUAAAAUGGAAUGCUGCAUCUGCCACGAGAAUGGCUUCCACUUCAGAUCUCUUAUGAAACACUACAAAGAGAGGCACGGCGUACCAGGCUAUGUGACUUGUUGUGACAAAAAGUUUCACUAUUUCUAUCCGAAGAAAAUAAUAGAACACAUGGCGUUUCAUUUACAGCCAAAUAUAUUCAUGUGUCCAAGUUGCCACCAAAACUUCCAAACUUCUCAAGAGUUGUACGAACAUCAAAGCAACGGUGGUCGUUCAGAAGGCAAAAUCGUGUGUCCUCGAUGUUCGGAACGCUACCCGACUUAUCACGAAUUAGGCUGGCAUAUAAUAACCCACCGCACUGACAAACUUCAAUGUGACUACUGUGGGAAACAAUUAAAACAUCAUCACCGCAAAAAAACCGUGAAUCAUAUGGAAGAUGUAAUUCUUUGUUCCCAAUGUAUUAGAAGCUUAAAAGUAAUAGAAAAGUCAGAAAAAGAAAUUAAAGAAAAAGUAAAAGCUAAGACCAACGAGGCUGUCAUGAUCCAAAAAUAUCAUCAGAAAUUCAAACAAGCCAUGGGACUUUCGGGUGACGAAGACGCAUCGACAGAAUAAUAUGAAUUUUAUAAAAAAAAAAUCGCAAUCAAUGCAAAGGUUUUGUCUGAAAUACUAAAAAAAUGAGUGUUUACUUAA